AUGUCGAUGUUUUUUGCGUGGAAUGUUAGAGGACUGAACAGUGAUCGACGCCACGACAUGGUCAAAGACUGGAUUAAUAUUCAGAGACCUCUUUUUGGAGCAUUUCUUGAGACGCAUAUUCACAGUAGUAAUGAAGCCAGAAUCCGUAGUGCUAUCCCGGUCGGUUGGAAGUUUUUUGGGAACUACGGGGAAAACAUUUCUGGUCGGAUAGUAGUGGUUUGGGACCCCUCGGUCUCAGUAUUUAUAUACAAGGCUUCUGCACAGGCAGUUACCUGUGGCAUUCAUAUUUUGGCGCAAAGUUUGACCUUCACAGUCACCUUUGUGUAUGGAUUUAACGAGGUUGGGGAGAGGAUGGCUCUAUGGAAGGAGUUAGAGCAGAUUAAUAGAACACCGGCCAUGUCAAAUUCACCGUGGGCGGUUAUAGGCGAUUUUAACCAGAUUCUGAGACUCUCUCACCAUUCUGGUUACCCUACAAGAGUUAUUGAUGAUGAUGGUAUGGAAGAUAUGAAUAUUGCUCUGCAGGACUCAGAGCUCUUCGAGGCUCAGUCUAAAGGGGCUCCGUUCACUUGGUGGAAUAAUAAUGAGGUAAACCCUAUCUCGAAGAGGAUUGAUCAUGCUCUUAUAAAUCAGCUAUGGGCGACAAGAUUUCCAGACUCCUAUGCAGACUUCUUGGACCCAGGGCAAUCUGAUCACUCUCCCUACAUUGUCAAGAUUCCCUCUGUCAGACGUUCAUCUAGGAAGCCUUUCAAGUUCUUUCAUCAUGUCAUGGACCAUCCAGAUUACGCAUCUGUUGUUUCUAAUGUGUGGAAUCCGGGGACUAUCAUGGGGACAACUCAGUUCAGGCUGGUAAGGUCAAUGAAAAUGAUGAAAAAAGAUAUGAGGAACCUCAAUAAAAGGAACUUCAGCGGUGUUUCUCAAAGGGUGAAGGAGCAAACAGGAAAGGUAGGACUUCUACAGAGAGCUCUCCUUACUAGGCCAGACCCGGUAGCGGCUAGAGAGGAGCAUCAGGAAAGAGCAACAUUAAACAUACUUUUGAAUGCAGAGCAAAAGUUUUACAGACAAAAAUCAAGAGUAAGAUGGGCAGAUGUGGGAGACAGAAACACUACAUUUUACCACCAGUAA